AACAAGGUCACUUAUCAUGCAUAUCAGGUUAGAUACCGAGAAGUCAUUUCAAUCAUAAACAUUGGAGACUUCAAAAAAGAAAAUUGAUGCUAACCAUGUCCAAAACGACAUACGGACGGAUACAAAUGGCGGCACCAAACGGUGAAAAUGGAGGAAUCGUUUUUGCAAAACUUAAUCCUACAAAUCAGAAGAAAAAAGACGGAAAUGAAGUAUUUGAUUCGAAAAAAGAAGAAGUUAAUCAAAAACUCAUCAAUGAAAACCAAAGAUUAAAAAAGGAAAACAAAGAAUUGAAUCAAAGGUUACUCGAACAAAAGAAGCAAUAUGAUAAGCUACUAGCUGUAGUGGACGCAGGGAAAAAACAAACAAAUAGAUUAAGUAUGGAACGGGAUAAAACAGUUAUUGAUUUUAAAAAGACGUCUGGUGAUAAAUUUUUAAAGGAUGAGCAUUCGAGACAAAAAGAAGAACUGAACAAACUUACCAUCGAAAAUACUGGUCUUCGUAAAGAGGUUGAUCGUAUUCGAACUAGUUUAAGUAAAAUAGCAGGAGAAAGAAUGACUGAUGGAAAUCCUUACAUAACAGAUUUAAGUGACCCUCAACGUCCACAGAAACUUUCAGAAAAAUUCAAUAGUCUAUACGACAAUUCUUGGACUGAUGCAUAUGAAAUUAUCAACAACGAAGACAUGGACGAGAAAAUGACAUGUGAAAAACUGAUAGCUAUUUUCAAAAGUUGCUGGGACUUUUGUUGUGAAGUUGCAAAAAUGCAGCUGUCAGACCUGCAUACCAUACUGCUUUCUCUGGAUGAAAAAGAAUCAAAGAAUGAGAAAAAGGUAAAAAACGACUUUCCAGUUCAAAACAGUAAAAUAAUAAAAGAAACAAGAAGAUUGUUCGCUGAACAGUUUAUACCAACGUUGUGUGAGAGUUACUGGCAAAGACAGAAAGAUACUGGAUUAGUUGAAGACUUACAGCCAUAUGUAGAUAAAUGCAUUGAGCUUUGUUGGUAUAGUGCCAUCAGUGAUCCACCCUUAGUUUAUACCUUUGAAGCAAAUACAAAUGUGGAUGAUUUCAGAGGAUACACAAAGAGUGGUGAUAAAAUAGACUACGUUGUGUGGCCUUCAAUGUAUUUACAUGAAUAUGGUCCGCUGUUAUACAAAGGUGUUGUCCAAUACAAAAUGACUGACAAACAAGAGGAUAAACCCGAACAUCAAAAGAAAGUUAAAGAUGAUGUGACUGACAGAACAGAUGUAAAACCCGAACCUCAAGAGAAAACUGAAGAUCAUGCAACAGACAAAAUGGAUAGAAAACCCGAAUGUGAAGAGCAAACUGCUGAUCAAAUGACCGAGAAAUUGGAUGGUAAACCAAAACUUCAAGAGAAACCAGAGGAGCACGUGGCACGUGGGGAAACACAUGUUAACCUCGUGCCUCAAGAGAAAACUGAAAAUCUUGAGACAGACAAAAUGGAUGAUAAACCUGAAUUUAAAGAGAAAGCGGAAGAGAAUGUCGAAAAGAAUUAACAGAACUUAUCAGUUUAACAUUUUAUUCACUUUUUUUAUUGUCACAUCUUCAACAUUUAGUUUCAACAAGCACUACAGUAUGUUUGUUAUACAACUAGUUAAUCAGAUAUUAUUAUGUUUGCAAUAAUUUAUAUAUUUAUAGUCAGAUGAUCUUACACAUAUGUAGGUAAUAAAGUGAUAUUCUAACUUAGAUCUAUUCUAACUCUAAGUAUAGAUUUGUUUGCCUGAGUGUGUGUGUGUGUGUGUGUGUGUGUGUGAAUGUGUUAAUAUAUAAGUGGAAUAAAGCAACUCAAUUUGGAAUAUAUUUUG